AUGUAAGAUGAAGUCAUAGACACAAACAAUAUCAAAAUUGUGGUUCUAGGAGCUGAAGGAGUUGGGAAGUCUAGCAUUAUCAAUUAAUUAUGCGAUAGACAAUUCGAUCUUGAAAUUAAAUCUACAACCUGUUAUAAAAUUGAUAACGCUGAAUAUAUAAUAAAUGAUCAAUCAUACAAUCUGUCUUUUUGGGACUGUGAUGUGAAGAAGGUAUUUUAUUGCUUCAAUUAGGCAUUUUACAGAGGUUCCUUAUUUGCAUUCCUUGUAGUUGAUGCAACCUGUACGGAUUAACUAAGAAGUACAAUUCAAUUUUGGGAUCAGGAAUGUGAAGAUUACAAUGUAUUUACUAAAUAUGUGCUUGUGAAUAAAAUGGAUUUGGUAGAUGACAUUGAAGUAAUGAAUUGCAAUAAAACUAUAUCUAUUGGAUAAAUGAAUGAGGAUGAAGAUCAUUCUCAUAUUUAGAUGAUAAAUUAGAAUCAGAAUCAAAUAGACCAAAAAGAAGAAAUCAAAUUAAUGUUUAGUAACUUAGAAUUAAACACACAGUGCUUUUUUGGAAGUGCAAAAAAAAAGGAAAUGGGCUACAAAGACUUUCUGAUUAAAUUGAUCAAAGAUAAUAAUAUUUUCAAUCUCCAAAAGGCUGAUUCUGAUAGAAGAAUUCAAAAAAAUAGGUAGAAUGAAUCAAGUAUCAGAUAGUCAUUGCCAAUUGAAAGUCAGAGGAAAUCAAGUGAAUAGAUCAAGUGCAAUGUAUAUUGA